AUGCAGCUAAGUUUAUUAGAAUUUAUCAGCAAAUGGCUAAUUUUUGUGCCAUUAAAAGAGAUUGGCGCACCGAGACCGUUGUCAGUUUCUAGCGUUAAGCUGGCUCGAUCACUGAUACAACUAUUGUCGAAGCAGCGUAAGAUUUGUAGUAUUGGAAGUGCGGCGGCGUCAAUGCAAGAGGCUUUUGUCAUUCUCGAUGCAUGCGACGAGUCGCUUGAAGCUGAAUCACGGCUGUAUUUAUCAACUGCGUCAGCACAAGAGACAGAUGCAAUCGCAGCGAAUGGAUAUGUACUUUUCACGGUUGACAAAAGAUCAUGUAAAGAUGAAAGACCAAAGAAGGACUCGAUCGCUCACAUACGUAAGUAUCGCUUGCAUUCAGCACUUAGAAAGGAACAGUCGAUGGAGAGAGUGUCGCUGUCAAGAUCAGCAGUACUAAGCUCGGAAUACUCGGGUGCAAAUGAUUGCAGUUCGACGGUGCUGCAAUUGAUCCCGUGGCUGCUGUAA